UUAGUCUAUCUUUCACUAUUCUCUUCUUCUAUAUUUCCUAUUAAUCUUUCCUCCAUCACAUAUUCCUCUACUCCUUAUUCAUGCAUUCAUUUCGCAGUCGAAAAAACUCAGUCUUCUCCUCCAACUUAUUCAGGAUGAAGCAUAGUGGCAGGAAGAACAAUAGUUUUUCCAUAUUUGUGGUGGUAUUCUCUAUAUUCCUCUUUGGAUGCUUCAUGUACAACGAGGAUGUAAAGACAAUUGCUGAAUUCCCAUUUUCCAUGACAAGAACUCAAGAUAUCAUCAACAAUGAAUCUUUGAAUCAGGAAAAUGGGGUUCAAGAAAUUAAUACCAAUGUUGAGGAUGAGAACAAAGUUUCAUCUGUAGUGAUGAAUUCAAAAACAGAUGGUAUCUCUGAACAAGACAAGAAACAAGAAGUCACGAGCUUGAAGUUCAAUGAUGACGCGAAAGAUGAAGAAAAGAUUGAAAUGCCUGAUGAAGAAGAGGAGAACAUUGAGUUGCCACCUGAAGAUUGUGAUCUUUUUACAGGGCAAUGGGUUUAUGACAAUGUCACACAUCCAAUUUAUAAGGAACCAGAGUGUGAGUUUCUCACAGCACAGGUCACUUGCAUGCGAAAUGGAAGAAAAGACUCCAUGUAUCAGAAUUGGAGGUGGCAACCAAGAGACUGUUCUUUACCCAAGUUUAAACCAAAGUUGUUGCUUGAGAAACUGAGAAACAAGAGACUCAUGUUUGUGGGAGACUCACUGAACAGAAAUCAAUGGGAAUCCAUGAUUUGUUUGGUUCAAUCUGGAGUUCCUUCAGGCCGAAAAACCUUAAACAAGACCGGUUCUUUAUCUGUUUUCAGAAUUGAGGAUUAUAACGCCACAGUAGAAUUUUACUGGGCUCCAUUUCUGGUGGAAUCAAAUUCAGAUGACCCAAACAUGCAUAGUAUAUUGAACCGAAUCAUCAUGCCCGAAUCAAUCGAAAAGCAUGGCAAGAACUGGAAGAACGUGGACUAUCUCGUCUUCAACACAUACAUUUGGUGGAUGAAUACUUUCGCCAUGAAAGUUCUACGAGGGUCAUUCGAUGAAGGGGAGACAGAAUACGAUGAGAUUGAGAGACCAGUUGCUUAUCGGAGAGUUUUGACAACAUGGUCGCAGUGGGUAGAAAACAAUGUGGAUGUCAAUCACACUAAAGUCUUCUUCAUGAGCACGUCUCCUCUUCAUAUAAAGAGUUUGGAUUGGAACAAUCCUGAUGGGAUAAAAUGUGCGAAAGAGACGACCCCAGUAUUAAACACAUCAAUGCCGCUAAGUGUUGGGACAGACUGGAGACUAUUUGUGGUAGCAGCAAAUAUUACUCAAUCCAUCAAUGUCCCUGUUUACUUCCUCAAUAUCACCACUCUAUCGGAGUACAGGAAAGACGCUCACACCUCUGUUCACACCAUUCGACAAGGCAAAAUGCUAUCGCCGGAACAGCAAGCUGAUCCAGCCACCUAUGCUGAUUGUAUUCAUUGGUGCCUCCCUGGAUUGCCCGACACUUGGAAUGAGUUCCUCUAUUCGCGUAUUCUAACCCACUCUUGAUGCAGGCUUUUUUUCUUAUAAAAGUGGUGUCCGGUCAGUUUAUACGCGCUUCAAUUAUUCCACUGGAUAUCCGUUACUUCAAUCAUUCAUUGUGCAGCUCCCCACUCCAAUUUCUAUAUAUAUUUUUUCUUUUUUUGGUUUAAGAACCACAAUUCUAGUUUUGGUGCUUUGUUUUUACUUUUUGUCCUUGUUAUUUUUUCCUAAAGAAAAGGAAAAAUCUUGUAGCUGUGAUUGCCCAUUUGUCCUGAGUUUUAUGGUGGUCCCAAAGAUCUUGUUGGGCUUUUUGUUUAUCUUUUCCAUUUCAAGGACCUGAUGACUAGGUAGGUCUCACAAAGGAAAGAGUCUGCCAGUUGGGUAAACAUCAAUGUAUUUACGACCAUUAUAAAAUCAAAUUCUAUUUUCGAAGAAAAUAAAUGAAUAAUGUAUACCCAACUGACAAGUGUAUGUAUCAUGUAUGUGUCUCUGCAGAAACUUGUGCCAUUCUUUUCUUUUCUU